AUGUCUCUGCCUCCGAUUAUCAAUUCUCCUCUAUUCAAUAGCUCAUACUUUAACUCGUCUAAUGGCUAUCUGACACUAACCACAGGCGAUCAACGCUAUUUGAGACUUGGCGGAAUCUGUCCGGUCUUGGUUAUCUUUCUGGAGUUACUCCUGGUGCUGCCAGCGCAAGCAAAUCGCUUGUUCUUGAUUCAAGCAGCAACAUUAGCGUAA